UUGUGGCAAAUCGAUCGAUCAAUUUGAAAGAUGGAGAACAUACUCGCUCGCGAUCAGAGGACUACGUUCCACCGGGUCCUUGACCGUACAAGGCUGCGCUUCCACGCGUUACCGUCAACGACGACGACGACGACGACGACGUUGUCGUCGGAGAAAACCAAAUACCAACAGGACGUCAUCACCAAAGCCACGACGAACCGAACGAAGCCAGCAUAUGCUUUGAAAUACUUGCCAUACGAUUCGCACUUCACGUCGUCGACGACAUUUAACGACGACCGAGGAUUCACGUUGACCACGUGUCUAUGGUUUCUAUUGGUAAACUUCUUCGUGUUAUCAGUGCAAGGCGCUCCGAUGACUCUCGAGGAGAAACGGCUAAACACACCCCCGAAAUGGGUAAAUCCGUGCGGUCUGGCUUCGGAGGAUUUCGACGGCGAUCUGGACGUCGUGCAGUUUCCCGACGAGCAACUCAUACAGCAAAUAGUGCUCCAAGCCAGUCAAGCGUUGUAUCAUGCGGAACGUUUCCGCGACAGAUAUCUCGAAUACACAUUCGGGUCGGAUUUAAGCAGCCUGCAUUCGCCGCAGUUCAAUCUCCACUACGGCUGGUUGCCCGGCCAGAAGGAAAUUCCCAAACAGUUAGGAGAGAAUCUCGACCAAGAUUAUCUCAAAAAAAUAGAAUUGGACGAGAUUCUGCUCAACGUGUACGAAAACAUGCAGAAAUUUGCGGUGGGUCUCGAGCAGAUAGUCUGGGAUCAAGAGGAUUACGGGCUCUCGUUCCGCAACGAGUUCAAGGAGGCCGAAUUCAAGCUUCGCGGGGUACUUUGUGAGCUUCAGGUGGCUCUGGUAGAACGCGGCCUAACUCCACGUCCGGACAUCACUCGAGACAUCAUGACAUCCGAGUUCCGAAAGAAGGAAUCGCGGACACAGACCGAACUGAGGGACUGGCUGAUCUUCCGCGAUUACAUGAACGGAUUGGAAUACGUGGUGCAAGUGUUCGAGCAUCUAGGUCAACGAUUGCGAGCGGAGCAAUCUUGAGAACGGCAAGGCGAAAGCCGAAGAAGGGUCACCAGGCGACGUCCUUCUCAUCUUAGGAAACUGGCGCAAACUUAGAGGCUCUAUAUACUCUCUCCUGGAUAUAAACAAAAGAAUGGCGUAAAACAAAAAAAAAAACAGGAAGAAUUUCCGAAGGAAAAAAUGUUGACAAAAAGAGCAACGAGUCAGAUUGACACAUAACUCUCACACAUUCACACUCACAUACAAACACACAUAUCUGCUAUUCAGUAUCCUCAACGCUUUUCCGUCGGUGCUCUGGUGUGAUGUCACAGUGUAAGAAUGAAUGAAUAAAGAGGUAAAAAGGAGGAGGAUUAGAGUCGCGCCGUUGCUGGCCUAUUGGCUUUCGCCGAUUUAGUUCACCAUCAUCAUCCCAUCAUAUCGCGAUCAUGCGCAAUUUCACCGCUCAUAUUUUACCGUGACGCCUCGUGCAAUGAUGAACAGCACACGUUGCGCGUUUGAUAUUUCGCGCGCGAAAAGAAAAGUGAUAGAUUCCGCGCGCGAGAGAUUGUCACCAGUAAUGCUCGUUUGGAUAUAUAAAUUUAAGUAAUAUAAAUUAAUAAUAUAAAUUAAGUAUAAUAAAUUAAUUAGUAAUCCGUAUGUCGUAGAGAGAACGCACCGAUUGCCGAGAACAAAGGAGCACGAUAUCAAAUCCGAAGUUUAAUUUAAUAUCAGCUGAGAUUCUAAGCUGAAAAGAAAAAAACUAACAAUAGAAAAAGAAUUUACUAGAUUUAGGUUUACUAGAAUCGAAUCUCUUUCUUUGGCACCGUAUUCAUAAAAAACUACGAAAGGUUCUCGCUCGAUCGUCGAGAAAAUAUCACGGUUGUGAGAGAUUUUUCCGGGAAACGUGUGCAACAUCGUGGCGCGAGCGACACUCAUCUCUCGCACUUCAUAAUCAUAUACAAUAAUCACACACAAUAAUUUAUUGACUAAUUGUAUUACUAAUACUAUUAUUAACUAAUUGUAUUAGCAUAUUUAUUUACAGAUUAUUUAUUUUAUUUUUUUAUAUGAAAGUUUUUACACACAUCCCGAAUAGCGCUGUAUUAAAAAAAAAAAGUGUAUAGUUGAGCUUAAAAGUGCUUAGCGCAUUUGAAUGAAACAGGGAUAUACCAUUAUAUUAUAUUAGACUUCGUGCAUACACGCGUGCUACCGUGAAAAAGCACCACCAGCGCGCGACGUUUGUAUUAAUUACGUUAUUGUGUGCAGCGCGGAGGAAGAAAGGCGGCUUCGAAGACGCGAGGGGAAAGAGACGAGAGUCAGCGACGUCGCCGCGCGCGUGCCGUUGCCGCUUCUCUUCUGUUAACGUGCAAUAUACCUUUGCAGGGUAUGAGUACUUUAAUCAGAAACCUGACGAGGCUCCAUUUCCGCACUUUUGAUCGCAAUUAUCUCACUCGCAAACACGAGAUUUUCUUAUAGUAUUACGUUAUGUUUUUUACACAUUGUAUACAGUUCUUUUUUUUUUAAGUUUUUUUUGCCUUUAUCUUUUUUUUUUAUACCAAUGACAUUUUUUUUAUUUUUUAA